UUAAGCAAGAGAAAAAGAGAAAAAAAAAAAAAGGCUCGACCAGCUUCCAACCAUGUCUUCUUCUUCUCCGCCACCUCUCAGCACUGAAAUAAAACCAUGCUUGCUUGAAAGCCUUAAACUAAAAGCCAACCCCAACCAACCCUUUGUAUAAAUUUAUACAGAGGGGCCGAGUGUGCAGAACGAAAGCGAAACUUAAACUGAAAGAAAGAGAAGGUUGGUCUGUGGCGGCACCAACCACAUUCCCUCUCCUCCAUCCCACCCAUAGAAAAGAAAUGUCCAAAAACAAAGCUAAGAAGGUAGUAGAACAUACACCCUAAUUGAUCCCGGUAACGUCUCCUAUCUCCAUUUCUCUCUUCAUCUCCACUCCAAAUUCAAUUCAGUUGAAGGGAUCUAAGUAGCUCCACUUCGAUUUCCAUUUCCAUUUCAAAUUCCAAUUCAAUUGAAUACCGAAUCAGAAAAAUUGAGAGUGCAAUCAACAACGAGAAGAAAAAAAUGUUUGUGCAAGAACGUUCCGCCCCCAAACCCCCAAAACCCUAUUCCGACAACCGCAACGGCGACAACCGCAACGGCGAGCACCGCCGUUUGGCCCUCCAUCCGGCUAAGAGUCUGGACUUCUCCACCUGGUUCGCCGACAAUCUUUACAAGAUCGUCGCCGUCUUCUUCCUCGUCGCCACCGUCGCCGCCCUCUUCUUCCUCAGGAGCGCCGGCGACACCGCCGCCCUCCUCUGCUUCGAGAAGACCCGCGCCGCCGACGCCACGGCUCCAUCCCGCAUCGCCUACCCCCAGAUCUCGUGGAACUCCAUCCGUCCCCUCGGCCCCUCCGCCGUCUCCCCCUACGGCUCCUUCCGCUCCGACCGCUGGAUCGUCGUGUCGGUCUCCGCCCCACCUUCCGACUCCCUCCGCGCCCUCACCCGCGUCAAGGGCUGGCAGCUCCUCGCCGUUGGCAACUCCCACACCCCUCCCGAUUGGUCCCUCAAAGGCGCCAUCUUUCUCUCCCUCGAGCAGCAAGCCCUGCUUGGCUUCCGCACCGUCGAUUUCCUCCCCUACAAUUCCCAUGUCCGCAAGUCCGUCGGGUAUCUCUUCGCCAUCCAGCACGGCGCCAAGCUGAUCUUCGACGCCGACGACCGCGCCGAGGUUAUCGGCGCUGACCUUGGCGAGCAUUUUGAUCUCGACCUCGCCGGCGAGGCCCAUGCGACGAAGCACCCGGUGCUCCUCCAGUACAGCCAUGCCGAUCCCAACAGGAUGGUGGUUAAUCCGUACGUGCACUUUGGGCAGCGGUCGGUGUGGCCGAGGGGGCUGCCGCUGGAGAAUGUCGGUGAGGUCGGGCAUGAGGAGUUCUACACCGAGGUCUUUAGCGGCCGGCAGUUCAUCCAGCAGGGGCUUUCCAACGGUCUGCCGGAUGUUGACUCUGUAUUCUACUUCACCCGCAAGUCGUCCAAUUUGGAGGCGUUCGACAUCCGGUUUGAUGAUGAUGCUCCCAAGGUCGCACUGCCGCAGGGCGUGAUGGCCCCUGUCAACUCUUUCAACACCAUUUUCCACACGCAGGCAUUCUGGGGACUGAUGCUGCCGGUCUCCAUCAGUUCGAUGGCUUCAGAUGUGCUGAGGGGAUACUGGGCGCAGAGGAUCUUGUGGGAGAUUGGGGGUUAUGUGGCGGUCUAUCCCCCAACCAUCCACCGGCCGGACAAGGCACAAUCAUACCCUUUCGCAGAAGAGAAGGACCUCCAUGUGAAUGUUGGCCGCCUUAUCAAGUUCUUGAUUCAAUGGAGAUCAAAGAAGCAGACACUCUUUGAGAGGAUCCUGCAUCUGAGCUAUGCAAUGGCUGAGGAGGGGUUCUGGACGGAGAAGGAUGUGAAGUUCACAGCCGCUUGGCUGCAGGACUUGCUCGCUGUCGGAUACCAGCAGCCAAGGUUGAUGUCAUUGGAGCUGGACCGGCCGAGAGCAACCAUUGGGCAUGGGGACAGGAGGGAGUAUAUCCCGAAGAAGCUGCCAUCUGUGCACCUUGGGGUGGAGGAGACUGGGACUGUGAAUUAUGAGAUUGGAAACCUUAUACGGUGGAGGAAGAACUUUGGUAAUGUUGUGCUUGUUAUGUACUGCACUUCACCUGUGGAGCGCACAGCCCUGGAGUGGAGAUUGCUCUAUGGCCGGAUAUUUAAAACAGUGAUCAUUCUGUCAAAACGGAACAAUACAGAGCUUGCUGUGGAGAAAGGCCAAUUAGGGCAAGCAUACAAGUACUUGCCAAAGGUUUUCGACCAAUAUAAAGGUGUGGAUGGAUUUCUAUUCGUUCAGGAUAAUAUGAUUCUUAAUUAUUGGAAUCUCCUGCAAGCAGACAAGACAAAACUGUGGAUAACCGACAAGGUCCCUCAUUCUUGGGUUUCUAUUCCCCUUGAUGGUAAUGGUGAGCAAUGGUUUAAAGAUCAAGGAGCAAUGGUGAAGAAGGUUGUAAGCAACUUUCCUGUACAUUUCCAGGUCAGUUACAAAGAAAGCAUGAGUGAAGAAAAGCUCAUCAUCUGUGGCAGCGAGAUAUUCUAUGUUCCUCAAAGAUUUGUGGGUGAUUUUGUUGAUCUUGUGGGACUUGUCGGAGACUUAGAUAUCCAUCACAAGAUUGCGGUGCCAAUGUUUUUCCUGGCAAUGGAUUCACCACAAAAUUUUGACUCUGGUGCUUUUGCCACAAUUAUUUAUAAGCCGAACCUGUCAGCUAAUGAGUCAUUCUCAAGUUAUUAUACAGCUAAAGCACCUGCUGUGUAUCCACUGGAAGUGCACGACGAGUCUGAUUUCAUAAAGCUUAUUAGAAUCAUGGCUGCAGGAGAUCCUCUCCUGAUGGAGCUGGUGUGAUCUAUUGGCAAAAUUUAAUUCGGUGCGUACACUUACGGUGGGAUGGAGAAACAUCAUUCUUGUUUGUUUCAUCAGUUUCCACUUUACGAAGCAGGAAGCUGCUGUAAUUUCAUUUCUUUUGUUUUUUUUUUUUAUUGUAGUCAUUCCGUUGUCGCUCUCUCUUUCCUUUUUUUUGGUUGAUGUUUGUUGUAAUAUGCAAGUUAAUUCAGAAAGAUUCUCCUUAAUUAUAUAUUGUAAUUUUCCUUGUCUAAAGCAAAAGAAAGAAGUUAUUGAGACA